AUGAUAAACAACGUAAAAAAAAUAAAAUUCUUAAAAAAAGUAAUAUAUAGAGAAAAUAAUAAAAAAAAACGUAUAUACAAUUUUAAAACAACUUACAGAAACAACUUAUACAAUGAAAAAAUAACAUUAUUAUAUAAAAAUAAAGAAUUAAUACAAAUUAUAGAAUUCUCCAAAAAAGAAAAAUCUCUUUUUUUAUUUGAUAAUAAUUUAAAAAUUAAUGAAAAUGAAAUAAAACAUUUUUCACAUAAAAAACAAAGUAAAUUAGAUCAAUAUGAUGAUAAUUAUUUAAAAAAAAGAAAUAAUGAAAAUAAUGUAAAUUCAGAAAAUGUAAAAAUUACAAAUACAGAAAUAAUUAGUAAUACAUAUGAAGAAGAAAAAAAGAGAAAUAAGAAGAUCCUAGUACAGAAAGUUAAUGAAAAAAAUAAUAUGCUGAUAAUGGAAAGCAAAAAGAAUUUAAAAAAAAAAUUAAAUAAUAUUGAAAAUAUUUGUGAAAUAUAUAAUAAUCUUACAUAUGAUAAAAAAAAAGAAGCAUCUGGUAAGAAGCAUAGAAAUUUAUAUGACAUUUCUAUAAAAAAAAAUUUUAAUACUGUCCAAAAAUAUAUGAACACUUUUGAAAAAAAUGAAAAUAAAAAAAAUAAAUUAAUUAUUAAAUAUGAGAUGAAUGAUGUUAAUAAUUUAACUAUUAUCUUAGAUAAAUGUCAAAAAUACAAUUAUGUAAAUUAUAAUUUAUUUGAUGAUAUAUGUAAUUUUAUUAGGAAAAAAGAAAAUGUAGAAUUUAGAAAAUUAAUAAUAAUUAGUAAUAUUUUUAUAAAAUUAGACUAUUUUAAUAUUGAGUAUUUUAAUUAUUUAUUUUGGGAAUUUCUAAAUAUGUAUACAAUUCCUAAUAGGGAUUUAAUAUCAAUGUUUUGUAUCUUUUCAAAUUUAAAAAAUAUAAAUAUGUACAAUAUUUUAUGUUUGUAUAAAUUUAAUUUUAUAAUUUUGCAUAGAUUAUACUCAUUCUCUAUAUAUCAAUUAUAUAAUAUACUAAACUCUUAUUUAAAAAUACAUAAAAAUAUAAAUAAAAUAAAAGAAAACGUAAAAGAUUUAAGUGAUGGGUAUAUUAUAUUUGGAGAUAAUUCAAUUAAUAAAAAAUAUAAUAAUGACGACAAUCAAAAUAAAAAAAUAAAUUCGGAAUCCUUCAAAAUAUUUUAUAAAAUAAACUUUGAAAACAAGAAAAAUAAAAAGAAUUCUAUAGAUUUUAUAUUCUUUCUUGUUGAAUGUUUAAAAAAGAGAAAAGUUGUAAUUGAAAAUAUCAAUAGAUUGGUAAAUAUUUAUGAUUGUUUGAAUGUGUUUUUCUUUUCUUAUAUUAAGGAUAAAAUAGGAUGCUUCUUUUUAAAAAAAAUCAAAAGUGAAUAUAUAAUAUUUAAUAGAAAAGAGAGAAAAUUUUUAUAUAAAAAAAGAGAUGAUAUUUUACAAAAGUAUCAAAAAGAAAAUGAGAAUAAGAUAUAUCAAAUUGAAUGUUCUAAAAAAAAUAAAUCAUAUGAUAAAUACAAUAGUAAAAGUAAUCUAAAUAAAAAAAAUAUAUUAAAUGAUAAUAUAAAUAAUGAAACAAAAAAUAUAUUAAAUAGGACAAAUUUAAAUUCUAAUAAUUUAAAUAAUGGUUUUAAUAAUAAACUGAAUGAUCAUAGCAUAAAAAAUUCUGAAAUUAUCCAAAUGAAAUUAAUAAAAAAAAUGAAAAAGAAAUUAAGUGCACGUAUUUUUAUACCUUUUAUUAAAAUUUGUGAUCACAAUUAUUGUAAUGAUGAUAAUAAUAAUAAUAAUAAAUUAUUUGAUUUUUUUUAUUAUAAUUAUAAAUAUAUGAAUUUAAAAUUCGAUGAAAAAAGUCUAUUGAUAACACUAAGUUGUUUUUCUAAGAAAAGUAAAAUUUUAAAUGACGAAGUCUUAUCUAUGUUAACCUUAUUAAUUGAAAGUAAAAUAAAUUAUUUUAAGUCUGAACAAAUAGUAGAUAUAAUGAACAGUUUUUCGAAUAUUAAAAAUAACAAGAUCUCAAAUAAUAUUCUAAAUUUUUUAAUUAGAUUUUUAUUCAAUAAUAACAAAAUAAUAUAUUUAAAAGAUGAACAGAUAAAAAUUUUAUUGAAUACAUUAAUAAAAAAAAAAUAUUUCAUAAAUGAAGAUGCAGUUCACUUUAUAUCAAAUUUUGUUAUGAAUCAUAAACCCCAUUAUAAAAAUUUAAAUAAUGCCCAUCAUUAUCUUUUUUUUCAUUUUCAUUUUAAUAAAUUAAAUAAUGAUUUCUUAAACUCAUUAUACUGUUCACUAUUAAAUAAAAAUAAUAUUAAAUUUGAAGAGUUAAAUAAAAUUUUAUCUUCUACUUUAAUAAUACCUCACAAUAUCAAGUAUCAAAAAGAAAUAUUUAGAUUAAUUGAUAGUUCUACAUUGUCUAUUUUGAAAAAAAUUUAUUUAAAAAAUUCCCUUGUUUUAAAAGAAUUGAAUAAUAUUGUUGAUUUUAUUUUCUAUUUUAAUAGUUUAAUAACAAGUAAUGUUUUUAAAGAUUAUUAUUGUAACAUAAAAAAAAAAAAAAUAAUUUCGAAUAAUGAAAAGAUUAUUUUUAUUAAUAGUACAAGAAAUUAUAAUGGUGUAAAGAAAAAAAAUUAUAAUGUUAUAGAGAACAAUAAAAAGAAUUAUUUAUUUUUUUUAGGAAAAAAUUAUUCAAAUAAAAGAAAAUUAUUAAAUUAUUAUUCUUAUAAUUCCUAUAACCAAAUAUAUUCUUUAGUCUUUUCAUUUAAUCUGAGAAUAUUUAUUUUAAUUAAAAAAAUUUUUGAGAAAUUUUUAAAAUUGGAAAAUUCUGUUACUAUCAAAAAUAGUAUUAUAAUACUUCUUAUAAAAGCAUUGUCUAAUUUGCAUGAACUAAAAAUAAAGACAUUAAAAAAAAAAAAAAGUUAUACUUAUUUCUGUAUAAAUAAAAAAAUGAAAUGUAGAAAAAACAAAAUUACAAACAACUAUUUUUUAAAAAUAAUUAAUGAUAUUAAUCAAAAUAUUUUGUUUUUUUUAAGUAAACAAAAUGAAGAAAAAAUAUUUUUUUGUAAUUUUUAUAUGUUGAAAAAUAAUUAUAUUUUUAAUGAUUUGAAUGAUAAAAAAUCCAUAUAUUCAUACUUAAAGAACAAAACAGAUCAAAUAAAGAAUAAUAAAAUUAACAUUUAUAAUAUUAUAUUAUUAAUGAAUUUUUUAAGCUCAUAUAAAAUUGAUGAAAUAAUAUUAAAAAAAAGAUGCUUAAGAAUAAAAGAAAGCAGUGUUUAUCAAAAUGAAGAAAGAAAAAACUUUGAUGAAAUAGAAAAGAGUUUGAUAAACAAUUUUCUAAAAUGCCAGAAGUCAAAAAGUUUUGAAGAAAAAAGGGAACAAUUAAUUUCAGUUAUUUAUAAUGAAAAAAAGAGAAAGAAAUCAAGUCUAAGAAAUGUUAUAAAAAAAUUUUUUUUAACUUAUAAAUACAAAGGAUGUAAUUAUUUAGAAAAAUUUAAAUAUAAAAAGAAUCUUUAUAUUAACAAGAUUUUCAUUAAUCUAGAAAGGAAAAUGAUAAAAAGAAGAAUACAAAAAUUGGAUGAUAUGAUGAAGUUAAAUAGUAGUUUUAAAAACAUAAAUAAAUAUAAUAAAUUUUUGAUAUGUAAAUUUCUGAAAUCUUGGAAAAAAAAAAAAAAAUAUUUAAUACUGAAGUCUACCAAUAUGUCAGAAUAUAUAAAACCAAAUGAUUUAAUAGAAUUAUUAUUUAGUACAAUUAUUAUAUUUAUUAGGCAUUUUAUAAAUAACAAUUUUAAGAAAGAAAAAUUUUCUAUUUAUGAAAAAUUAAUUGUAUUUAUAUUAGAUAAGAUGAUUCUUUUAAAAAAGCCUAAGAUAAUCAAUUUAAGUUAUCAUUUAUAUUUUAAGUUUAUUUUAUGCAUCAAUUCAUUAAAAUAUGUAUUUUUAAAAUUAUUUCAAAAGUAUUUUCAUAUAUUAAUGUACUGGAAAAAUAUAAUGUAUAAAAAUAUAGGAAGCAAAAAAACUUUUAAGAAUUAUUUUGAUUAUACUCAAAGUGAAUUAACAAAUCAGAAUGAAAAAUUAAAUUUAUUAAGAUUAUCAAUAAAUGAUAGUGAUAAAAAAAUUAAAGAUUUUCAAGAAAGUAGCUUAAUUAAUAGAAAUAGUCAAUUAGAGAAUCACAAAUCUUCUUAUAUAAAUUUGUUAAAUUUUCCAUGUAUAUCCCAAACUAUAUAUAAAUAUAAAUUAAAAAAUAAUAAUUAUUCAUUUGAAGAUGAUUAUUUUUUUAAAAGUUAUAGCCUCUAUAGGAACAUUGUCCAUCACAAUAUUUAUGAAGAAUAUAGCUAUUUACAGAAUAGUUCUCAUAAACUUUAUUUGCAUUGUAUGCUCUUGAUGAGAUUAAUGAAAAAAAAAAGUGAAAAAAAAAAAAAAAAAAAAAGAUUUAUAGAUAAAUUUAAGUCAAAGAAAAAAAUGAAAAGUAUAAUAUUCAAAAGUGAUUUCAAAAUAAUUAAUGUAAAAAAAAUAGAAUUAUUUCAUAAUCAUUUAAUUAUGAUUGAAGUCAAUAAAAGCAAUAGAACAGAAACAAAAACCUUCUUUUUUUUUGUAUAUUCUUAUUUUAACUUAAUUUCACUUACGAAAAACAGAAAAGAUAGAAAUCCCAUAGAGAGAAAUGAGAAAACAUUUUUUAAAAGGGAAAUGGCUUUAAUUUUAUUUUUAGUUCAAAUUAUCUUACGUAGAAAAUUUCUAACAGAAAUUAAUUUGAUUCCAAUUUGUUCUGAAGAACUAAAUGACAUUCGAAAUAGGAAUAAUCUUUAUUUAUAUUUAACAAAGUUAUUAAGAUAA